AGAGCAAGGCGAAGAACAUGGCGGAGGGACUACAAUUCCCAUGAAGCCCCGCGGCGCCAGAGAAAGAGAGCGCGCGCGCGCGUGUGUGUGAGGUAAAAGCAAACGGACCCUCGUCGAGAGAGGCAAGGCCAACUUUUUGAGGGGAGUUUGGUGUCGCUUGACCCGCCCGCGGAGCUCAGAAAAGCAGCUGGGGAGGACGGUAAGUGCCUCCAGGGAAAGGAUAGCUCCCUCUUUUCCACACACCGCCAUUGCUUUCCCUGGUGCCGGUUUCACUUCGACAGGCAGACGCAGCCUGUGGCUGAGGCGGUUUUGCAAAGCUUGCUUUUGUGUGUGGGUGUGUUGUGUGUCGGUCAGUUUUGGGGAAUUAAUUCCCCCCCCCCCCACAAUAAUAUUUAUUAUUUUUCAUACAUAAACAUAACAAAAAAAGAGAGUUAAGAAAAAGAAUAAAACGAAAAGAAAAAAGAAUAUAAAACAUAAAAUACAUCAAAUCACCACAUAAACUAAAACUUAAUUAAUUAAAAUCCAUCUUCAUAAACAUAUUACUUGACUUCCUCUAGUCUCUUCCAUCUGAAUUUCUUAGUGAUUAUAUAUAGCAGUUUCCAAUAUCAUUAUUUCAUAAAACCAUAUCACAGUCAUAAUCAUAUUUCCUAACUUUUCUUAUCGUACAUUUUCUUAUUUAUUUAUUUAAUCUUUCCCCCCCCACAAUAAUAUUUAUUAUUUUUCAUACAUAAACAUAACAGAAAAAAAGAGUUAACAGUAGUAAAAGAAAAAGAAUAAAACGAAAAGAAAAAAGAAAAAGAUAAAAGAAUAUAAAGAAAAAAACAGAAUAUAAACAGUUGUGGGGAAUUAAUAAAGGAACCUGUUAUGUACUGAAGUUCUCACCCUGGGCCAGCAGGGGGAUACUGUGGAUAGUUUUCACUCAGGUCCGCAUAUGCAAAUAAGGAAUUGAAAGUGACGUUCAGUGAUUGGAUAGUUGCAGAAAGUUGUUACUGUUGCAUUGUAGUGGAGCUCUAUAUAAGCAGGCUGGCUGAACCCUUCAGCCCAGUUCUGUUCUGGGUCUGUGAAUAAACAAGAUCAGUCUGAAGAAUCGCUGUGUCGUCUGAUAUGUUCACCCACAACUUAACAGAACCAGUUUGUCCACUGCUGGCCAGGCAAAGUUUAGGUUUAUUCCAUUUACACUUCCCUUUAUACUUAAGAGAAUUGUAGUGUUGGAAGGGGUCCCUAAGGGCCAUCUAGUCCAGCCCCUUGCAAAUGCAGGAAUCUUUUGCCCACAGCUGUCCCCAAGGGGGUCUUGAACCACCAGACCUUUGGGUUUGUGGGAGUGGGGGUGGUAUUGGUUCGUUUCGGGUUUUUGUUCUCGUUUUUUAUUACAUAUUUUGUGCUUCUACAGUCAUACCUCGGGUUACAGACGCUUCGGGUUGUGCGAUUUCGGGUUGCGCACCGCGCUGAACCCGGAAGUACCAGAACGGGUUACUUCCGGGUUUUGGCGCAUGUGCAGAAGCACCAAAUCGCGCUUUGCGCAUGUGCCAUAGCUGUCAACGUUUCCCUUUUUUAAAGGGAAAUUCCCUUAUUCCGAAUAGGAUUCCUCACAAGAAAAGGGAAACGUUGACAGCUAUGGCAUGCGCAGAAGCGCCGAAUCGCAACCCUCGAGUGUGCACAAGCGGCGCUGCGGGUUGCAAACGCUGCGGGUCGCGAAUGUGCUUCCUGCACGGAUCAUGUUCACAACCCGAGCGUCCACUGCAUUCUGUUUUGCUACGCCAUGAAUGGCAGUAUACAAAUGUGAUAAAUAAAAAAUAGCAGCCAGACACAGUGACCCGUAGCACCACACGUACACACCCCGGGUCUUCCGACUAAACAAUAACUUUCUGACAGUAAGAGCUGUUCAACUGUUCAAGAGCUGAGGAUUCCCUCAGAAGGUAGUGGGUUCUCCUUCCUUGGAGUUUUUAAAGCAGAGGCUGGAUAGCCAUCUGUCACGGAUGCUUUAGUUGAGAUUCCUGCAUGACUGGAUGACCCUCGGGGUCCCUUCCAACUCUACGGUUCUUUGAUUCCCACUGGAUAAGAAGCCCUGAAAGGAUUUACAACCAAAGUCAAAACAAAACCAAACCCACGGACAAUAAAAAAACACAAACAUUUUAAAAUGCAGGUUUGACAGUACAUUACCGUUCCCAGUGGGGACGCUGGUGGCACUGUGGGUUAAACCACAGAGCCUAGGACUUGCCGAUCAGAGGGUCAGCGGGUUGAAUCCCCGCAACGGGGUGAGCUCCCGUUGCUCGGUCCUAGCUCCUGCCAACCUAGCAGUUCGAAAGCACGUCAAAGUGCAAGUAGAUAAAUAGGUACCGCUCCAGCGGGAAGGUAAACAGCGUUUCUGUGUGCUGUUCUGGUUCGCCAGAAGCGGCUUAGUCAUGCUGGCCACAUGACCCGGAAGCUGUACGCCAGCUCCCUCGGCCAAUAAAGCGAGAUGAGCGCCGCAACCCCAGAGUCGGCCACGACUGGACCUGAUGGUCAGGGGUCCCUUUACCUUUACCUUUACCGUACCCAGUGCCCACUGCCAGGCUAUUUUAUGCCCUUGGCAAGGCCAUCGAUUUGCACGCACACCAAAAAUUGCUCACUGCAAUUUUCAAAAAUGAACAUCUUGUAGAAAUGAUAAACUUCUUCAAAAUAAAAACUAAAAAUAAAAUAUUGUCGGAAAUUUAUACGCUAAGCUGUAUAAAACUCUGCCCCUCAAAGGAGGUUUGCCCCUUAGGUGGCUAUCUGGUUGGCCUAAAGAUAGCACUGACCAUAUGUAGCAAUAAAAAGGUGUGAAAGAGCACAAGCAGUAAAAUGCUCCCCUGCCCUCAAACAGCACGAUUUCAACUCCCUGGCAGCAACUUCUCAAACAGAUUUACUACAACUCCUAUCCUUGCAAAAUCUUUUCCAACCUGGCCAAAGGUUAAUUGAACGAUUUGAGUUUGGCAGGCUCAGUUCCAGAUCCCCUCCCAUGCUAGGAACAUGUGAUAGAAUAGUAAAAGUUGAGUCCUGGAAUUCUCUUUAGUGGCACAGCCACCUCCAGCUGCACCUUGGAUUAAGGGAGAAAGAUCUUAUUGGAUCAAACUGACCACUGACCUUAGACUGGGCACCAAGUCUGGGCACCAGUUUGGGAACCAAGAAAGAAAACCCUGUUUUCUAGGCUCUGCCAACAGGCUUGUAAAAUCAGGAAAACAAAGGCAAACUUCCCAAAUACAGCACACAGUUAUGUCUCAGUUUUUUGCCUUCUGAAAUCUGAAUCUAUAUAUUGAAGAAUGUCUGUAUAUGUGUGUUAUGAAUAACUAGGGGUGAUGGCAUUGUGAAGAAAAACUGUAGGUUGGUAGGAAAAAUCCUUUAUCUGUUGUAGAAGCUUUAUGGUGCAUUUACAUGCAUGCUUACUCCUACGUAAGCCCUCCUGAGUUUAAUGCAACUUACUCCCAGGUAAGUGUAUAUAUUUUCAGCCUGAAUUAUCUUCUUGUUAUGAGGCUGCUGUAAAUUCAGCUAUGGAGUUCAGUACCAUAAGAUGUAGUGAAGUGUGUUUUACAAAUUUAAUAAAUAAGUACAACUCUAAAACAGUUUCCUGUCUUUGUUUCCAGCGGAGAUCAUGGCAUUGAAAGAAAUUUCCAGCAAUAAAUGCUUCGGUGGUUUUCAGAAAGUGUUUGAGCAUGACAGGUAAAUGUUUUAUUCAUGUAAUUUUUUUAAAGGAUAUUUUGCAACCCUGGGGUUAGGGUUAUAUUCAGCUAAGUCCUACUUAGUUGAGUAGACCCAUUGAAAUGAAUGAACCUAAGUUAGCCAUGUCCAUUAACUUGAAUUGACCUAUUCUUGAGUGGGAAUAACACUGAAUAGCACCUUUAUGCUGCAGGCCUAUACCCACAGGUCAGUAUAACUAAAAAUACUAAAUAAAAAUGCUAGUGCAAGGAUUAGCACUAGUGCAAGGGGGUUUCCCCCCCUCUCCUGCACCUGCCCUGUGCCACAGCAGAAGCCUUUGGGUGCAACCUACCCACUACCUAUAACCCAUAGCCACCAAAGUUUAGAAAAUUUGUCCCUAUGUGUUUGGGGCUGGACAACAGCUAAUUACUAAACAAAUGCAUAUUCAUUUUUGCCCCUUCCUGAUUUUUUUUUUUGGCAGACAACAAUUUUGCAUAUAGCAGUUCUGUUGAUAUUUAGGCUUUGGUGUCAUACCAAAGUACUGAGAAAACAUCUUUUUGUUCUUCAAUUUUAAUCACAUUUUUAGUAGCUUAACCAUCACUACAUCUUCCUUGCUUUUUCAGUGAACAUCCAGUUGUCCAUUGCAGGGGUGGGAAACCUGUCUCCCUCCAGAUGCUGUUGAACUCCAGCUCCCAUCAGCCCUAACCAGCAUGGUCAGUGGGCAGGGAUGCUGGGAGCUGUAGUACAAUAUCUGGAGGGCCACAGAUUAGCCACACCCACCCCACUGUACUCCACUCUGUCCUUUCAGUCUCUAUGCUCAGUCCCUCGUGUGUCUCCUUUUGCGUUCUUGGAUGCUCAGGUAGACCCUCUUUGAUAAUCUGCAUCAUGUCCCUUCUUGUGGCAGCUCCAAUUGUCUGCUGCCUCUACUUGCCUUGACUCAAUUAGUUGCACUGAUUUCCAUGGGGGAACAAAAACACUCUUAAGUAGUUAAAUAAAGCAUGCGGCUUGAGUGUUAGCCUCUGGCAACUCUGAUCGGAGGUUGCGGUUUCUUAUAAGCGACAUUAUUUUUGUCGGGUUUCAUUAGUCCAUGUUAACUGCAUUUUGUUGUCAACAGCGUUGAGCUGAAAUGCAAAAUGAAGUUUGGGGUUUAUCUGCCACCCAAAGCAGAAACUGAGAAAUGCCCUGUAUUGUACUGGCUCUCAGGUGAGUAAUCUGAAGUGGCCCUUGAAAAAGAUAUCGCCAAAGGGGGUUAAAAUUAAUUCAAACAUGUUGUAGGUGUGAUUUCAGUAGGCUUCUUCUGAUAGUUGUUUCAGAGAUUCAUAUACUACUUUUCAUCAAAAAAUUAUCACAAAGUGGUCUCCAGGAAGAGAUCAAACAACAAAUAAAAUAAUAAAAUAUAUUUAAAAGAAAUGAAAACAUAAAUUCUAUGAAACAGUGUAGCAUCAAAACUCUAUAGAUCACAGCAAGCUAAAUGGGCCAACCAUAAGUCUGAAGCCUGGGGAAACAAAAGUGUCUUGAGGUAGUGACAGAAGCUUACCAAAAAUGUUGUCUGUACCACUAGGAAAAGGGAGUUUUCAUACCAAGGGAGCCUUAUAUUGCAUCCCUACACAGGGAGCAGCACCUGCCAGGGAGACAGCAAGAAGGCCCCCCUCCUCCAAUCUUAUAGCCCAGAUAAGAUUGCAAAGUGUUUUUGUAGAUUAUCAUCUAGAUCAGGUUGGUUCAACUCGCAGCCCUCAAUGCCUUUUUUGGCAGCCCUCUGCACCAUUUUAUGCCCCCCCUCCAGCCGUCGUACCUCCUUCCCAAAGCUGGCUAAGCAAGGCUCUAGGCUUUGGGAAGGAGGUGUGAGGGCUCUGAGAGGGUCCUAGAGUCCUCCUUCCUCCUUCCCAAAACCUUGUUAGCACUUUCCCAGCUUUGGGAAGGAGGUGGGAGGGCUCUGGGACCCUGCCAGAGCCUCAUAAAGGUAAAGGGACCCUACUAUUAGGUCUAGUCGUGGCCGACUCUGGGGUUGCGGCACUCAUCUCGCUUUAUUGGCCGAGGGAGCCGGCAUACAGCUUCCGGGUCAUGUGGCCAGCAUGACUAAGCCGCUUCUGGCGAACCAGAGCAGCGCACGGAAACGCCGUUUACCUGCCCGCCAGAGCGGUACCUAUUUAUCUACUUGCACUUUGACGUGCUUUGGAACUGCUAGGUUGGCAGGAGCAGGGACCGAGCAACGGGAGCUCACCCCGUCGCGGGGAUUCGAACCGCCGACCUUCGGAUCGGCAAGUCCUAGGCUCUGUGGUUUAACCCACAGCGCCACCCACGUCCCUUGCCAGAGCCUCAUACCUCCUUCCCAAAGCCCAACACCUUGCUUAUUCGGGGUUUGUUUGUUUUUUUGUUUUUUGUUUUUUUUGGAAGGCAGCACAAGGACUGGCAGCAGAGUGUCAAUUUUGACUUGCUCCCCUUGCUCCAUGUGGCAAAACAGUUUGCGGUCCACAGGUUCCAUGUCUGAGUGCUGUUGUGGUCCACUUGGUAUGAAAAGCUGGACUUCCCUGAUCUAGAUACAUUUGUGAUUCAGUGAUAAAGCCAGACUGCCUUGCUUUUGCUGUCAGCUGAGCCUCAUUAAAGGCUUAUAGAUAAGAUAAUUUGUGGCACAUCUCUUUCUGCAAGAUGCUGUUAGGCGCUGGACAAAAUCUGACACCCUAAGUGACUCAAGCUUUAGUGUUAAAUUAGAAAGCUUCCUUACAACUGCUUCAGCCAGAAUUUAGAGAAUCAGUGUUGAAGUUCACACCCAGGUGGCAUCUUGCUCCAGUGAGAACAGUGCUGUAUGACUAAUGAGGUGUCACAUAGCCCUUUAAGGUGUUUAUAACCACAUAAUUAACAAAGAAUAGACGGUCACUCACCCAUAUGUGGUGGGAUUGUGCAUUAGUGCCAGAUGUUUAUUCUGUCUAAGAUGUUUGACAGAAUAUUUGUAAUAGUCCAAUGGAUCGCCCAUCCUGUUCCAACUUUGGCACUGCUCUCCCUAACUAGCAGCCCUCAUAGCAUUAUCUGCCAUGUCAUACUUUUUGGUAGGAACUGCCCUUAUGAAGAUUGCUAAAAAUUGGUAGGCUCUUUUCAAAUCUGCCACUCAAGGAGGACACUCCAAAAACUGGCAAACUUCACAGAAAAACUGGCAGUAAAUUCAUUAGUGUGAUUGCAAAGAAAGACCUUUUCAUAAAAAUCUGUUUUCCCUUCUUAUAUGUGCCUGCGGAAAUUCUUUGCUUCCUGCUACUGGUAUUAAUAGGAUUAAUUUAAACAUGGUAGCAUUUCAGGUCUAGUGGAACUUUCUUUACUCUUCAACAAUGAAUGAGAACUUAUGUGUAAUAAAAAAAUAUUCACUGUCAACACAAUGUCUUUUUUGUUUUCUUUGUCUACUGGUACAUUAAUAAAAAUGUAAUGAAGAAAAUUUAUUUGCAAUUAAACAGUAAUUGAAUAACUUUUGCAUGGUGGCAGAAUUACAAGUAAAUUGUAAAAAAUCAGAUAUUUUAUUCCAUCAUAUUCCACCGAAAGAACAGAAGAGAAAUAAUCAAGUGGUUUGAAUAUACCACUUUGCCACAUGCAAUUUAUAUAUCUGAGAAUCCAGAUUAUAAACAAACAAACAAACAAACAAACAGGCUGAUAGUGGCAAGUUAUGUGCCCUUUAUGGAAGGAAAUUCUGAAAAUUAAAGGGGAGAAGCUGUCAUUAAUUGGUUGUAUAACAGCAAUUAAAACUAUUGUUGUUCCUAGGUUUACUUAUCUUUUCCAGUUCUUCCUAGGGGAGACAUUUAGCUAGGGGAAUAGCUAAAUGAGUGGCAAAAAUGUUUGGAAUCUUUCUGAAAGAAAAAACCUGGAACAACAACAACAAAAAGCCCUGUUAUAUAAACAUCUAUCACUGGGAGGAUGGGGGAAUUCGUUUUUUUGAAGUUAUACUUUGAGGCUAAUCAAUUUAGACACUUAGGCCCAGCAAUAUCAAAAGAUAUAAACAAUGGUUCAAAGUGGAAAGUGCAUCCUCUUACUUUUGGGCUAAAACACGCUCACUUGGAUAGCUUCUGAGCCAGAACCCUAUUGGCAGUGCUCUUGCCAUUACAAUGCUCUUCUGUCUUUUCAGGAUUAACGUGCACAGAACAAAAUUUCAUAACGAAAGCAGGUUUCCAUCAAGCUGCAGCUGAACAAGGCCUGCUUGUGGUUGCCCCAGAUACCAGCCCACGUAAGUGCUAGGCCAAUGAACAUCAAAUUAAUUGCUUUUAAUUAUUGCUGUUACGUAGCUGUGCGUAUUACUAGUAAGUUAAGCCAAACUUUGUAUACAAUCCUAGAAUCUUGUCCAUUUGUAUCAAUAAUAUUAAUAAUAAUAAUAAUACAGUGGUACCUCAGGUUACAUAUGCUUCAGGUUACAUACGCUUCAGGUUACAGACUCCGCUAACCCAGAAAUAGUGCUUCAGGUUAAGAACUUUGCUUCAGGAUGAGAACAGAAAUUGUGCUCCAGCAGCGCAGCGGCAAUGGGAGGUCCCAUUAGCUAAAGUGGUGCUUCAGGUUAAGAACAGUUUCAGGUUAAGAACGGACCUCCAGAACGAAUUAAGUCCUUAACCCAAGUUGCCACUGUACACCACUAUUUUUUCCCAUUCAGCAGCCCAACAGCCCACUCAUAAAAACUGUUCUUUAACCUGUUGGUGCAGCUGACUAUACUUCUGUAUCUCCUGUCCAAAGGUAGGCGAUUAAACAAGUGCUGGCCAGGGUGUGAGUCAUCCCUAAGAAUUUCCCUCGCUCCCUGAGGCAGCGGUCUCCUGCGAUGUCAUCUAGCAAACUCUGAGGACAGCCUAUGAUGUCAUGUGCUGUAUUCGCCACCCUCUGUAGGGACUUCCUGUCUGUGGCUGUCAAACCAGCGUACCACACUGUUAUACAGUAUGAAAGGACACUUUCUAUUGUGACCCGGUAGAAGGAGAUCAUCAAUUCUUGCUUGACAUUGUACUUUCUUAAGACCCUGAGGAAAUGGAGUCUCUGUUGGGCCUUCCUAACCAACAGAUGUUUUCCUGUGCAGUUCCAGUAGUUGCCAGAUCAGCACAGAUACAGUAUUGAUAAGCGGAUUUUCCUGUAAAUGCAUCUUCCUCCUGGGCGGUGGGGUGGGGAACAGCACACACUAAAGAUCUGCCUUUUAUUUCCCCACAAUUGGCUAGACAGUGGCAUGCGCUUUUAGCUCUUCAUCUAGUAAAGUCCAUCUAAGUGUGCAAGGUCUUCCUCCUUACCAGGUAGACUGUUCUGCCUGGCAACCCUUUGCCAAGCAAAGAGAGGCAUGCACAUAAAGCCCCUUGAACAUAAAGGAAAAGUGCCACUCCUCUGCUGUGAAUGGUGAUUAUCAGCAUAGACUUUCUUUCCAUGGUAGGUGGAUGCAAUAUUAAAGGAGAAGAUGAGAGCUGGGAUUUUGGCACUGGAGCUGGUUUUUACGUGGAUGCCACUGAAGAUCCGUGGAAAACAAAUUAUCGCAUGUACUCGUACAUAAAGGAUGAGGUGACUUUUGGCUUGGUUAUAUGUGCCUGUGUACAAUUCUCUUGAUGUAAAUAUAGAAUGGGAUAUAAUACAAGGUGUAGGUUCCCCAACUUUUUCUCCCCCAUCCUUCUACUGUAAGUCUGAUGGUCAGAUACAUAUGAGUAUCCUUCUGGACUCAGAAAGAAAAAUCUGACACCCAACUGUGUCCGUAUUGGCAAGAUCUGGCAUUGGUACUUGCGCUUUAUCUCUGAGAAAAUAAGACACCUGUAAAUUUGUCCUGCAUUUCCUCUCACGCAUUUUCUCACCUGCACUCAAGCUCUGAGGGUCUAAUUUUCUGCUCUGAGAAAUUCUGUAAUAUGGUACCCUGUAAUUCCUUAUGAACUCUUACCAUCUUCCCUAACUUUGCCCAACAUCACCAAAGGCAAGCGAAAGGCCUGGUGUCUCUUUAAGUGUGCAGGCAAUAGCAUUGCUUCUUUAAACUUGCUCUGCCUUCAUAUACUUGCAAGGACCCCUGAAACUGUUAUAGUAAAAUCUCCUCAAGUUGAGUAGUUUACUGAUAGUUUCCCUGUUUCUUUGUAGCCAAUAUAUCCCACAGAAAGCUUAUUGGGCAGCAUGUGUGCUGCUGUUUGAUAAUGUGUUGGACAAAGGCAAAGGUUUGAUAAAGUGUAGGUCAAAAUGUUAAUAUACUCACAUCUAUUUCCUUCCCAUUGACGUCUUCCAGUUACCUAAUCUGAUAAAUGCCAAUUUCCCAGUUGACUCUGGGAGGAUUUCUAUUUCUGGCCAUUCAAUGGGGGGUCAUGGUGCUCUAAUCCUCGCUCUGAAGAAUCCCGGAAAAUACAAGGUAAGAUUCUGAAUUCUUUAAUGUAUAUCGAAUAAAGUAAAGGAAUUAGAUAAUGAUGCAAAGAGAGAUAAUGUUAAGAAAAUUUACCCUGAAAAAGUAAGAGAUGCAAUCACCUUUAUCAGUGCGGUUUUUAAAUCAGUGGUCAAAUUCAGUGCAGUUUUGAAAGGGUCAGUGCACCAUCUUGCUGUCUGAUUGUAUCCAAACAUAGACAAAAACCUGCUCCUUGAUAUCAGGAACCAUCAUGUAAAAUUUAGUUAUGCUAUUUUAAGAGAUGUCCAAAUACAUAUCAAACAACUUUCCAAAAUACAGUGGUGCAUCAGUUUUCAAACGUAAUCUGUUCCGGAAGACCGUUCGACUUUCGAAACGUUCAAAAACUGAGGCGCAAAGGGCAGUCUGCAAUUUAAAUGGGGGAAAUUGGGGGGAAACUCAGCGAAAGCUGUUCAACUUCCGAAAAGUGUUUGAAAAUGGAAGCAAUUACUUCCGGGUUUUUGGCGUUAGAAAAACGAAACGUUCAGCUUCCGAGAUGCUUGAAAACCGAGGUACCACUGUAUAUAGUAGAUUGGCAUUCUGGAUGUUUACAAUUAAUAGGCGGUGCAAAUUGAAGUAUGGCACAAUCCUUUGAAGAUAUAUUGAUAAAUGGGGACAGAAACAAAUAAAGUAAAUAAAAAUUGUGUUAUGUCUACACAUGUCCGUACACCAGGACAAGAUGGGUUUGCACUGUCCUUUCCUACACAUGACAAAAGGUGAAAAUGAGCAGCUGUUUUCUAGAACCAUGCUGUUUUCUACAACUUUACAAAUGCAGUUUUUAAAAAUUCAGAGUUGCUGGGGAAAAUCUAGAUUCAGAUAUUAACACAGUCACUUUGUUUUCCUUGAAUCUUAACUAGACUGUUUCAGCCUUUGCGCCAAUCUGCAACCCAGUUCAGUGCCCGUGGGGGAAGAAAGCUUUUAGUGGAUACCUGGGGUCGGAUGUAACCAAAUGGGAGGUAUGUACUGGAAAUAUCAGCAUGGUGUAGAAUAACCACAGAAGCGCCAUCAAACUACUUCAUCAAUAUAGAUUUUUUUAAAAAGGCAAGGCAGGUUGGGUGCAGUCUUGAAAAGGGGUAUAAAAUUAUACAGUCAUGGGGAAAAGAAAGCACACCCUCUUCGGAUUCUGUGGUUUUACAUAUCAGGACAUAUUAACGAUAGUCUGUUCCUUACCAGGUCUUAAAAUUAGGUAAACGCCAUGAUUUAUUUAACGUGGUGCAGCUUGCGUGCAUGAGGCAAGUAUGUCAUACGGCGUGUGCAAGUGAGGUGAGCACAUUGCGUGGCAUGUGUGCAUAGUCGCCAUGGAAUUUUGAGGGGGCCCGGCCCUCUCCUUAGAUAUGGGAGGGCCUUAGCCCACCAACUCCCCCAAGGAAGCGCCCUUGCUGGCAUUGCUUACUCCUGUACAUUUCUUUCUUGUGGUUGUAACACUGUAAAGCCUUCUGGAGUGCGAGAGGAAUGGUGGUUCCUGGCAGAAAUGUUUCCCGCAUUCUCCCGUGUUGGAGUUGAAAAAUAAGAAAAUGGGGUAGCUCAUAAAGAACAAGCAAGCCAGAAUUGUGUUACUUUCCUUGGCUGCUCCCAAUCUCUGGUGCAGAACAUUUUCCAAGACAGGCUAGGAAAUAGUGGCAGUUAAGUUUUCAUGGGGAAGGGCAAACGGGCUCCUGAACACUUUCACUCUACAGCAAAUCUGCCUCUUUGGCUGCUGCUGUUACACUUAAAAGUCCACUUUCUUGCUCACAGUGAUGUCAUUGUUACCAAGGAAUGUCCGAAACUCCACCCAUCAGCAUAAAUCGUUUUAUCUGCUGUUGACUUUCUAUUUGUUAUGUCCACUGCAAAAUAAAUCUGUGUGUUAUAUGAAUACUGAAGACAGGCAGGUAGCCAUGUUGGUACCUUGGAGACCAACUAAGUUAGUUAUUGGUAUGAGCUCAUACCAAUAACUAACUUAGUUGGUCUCUAAGGUGCUACUGGAAGGAUUUUUUAAUUUUUUAAUUUUAUUUUAUUUUGUUAUGAAUACUGAAUGUGAGCCUGGUCAGCGUUGCAUUUUAAUUUGGAAUUGACUGUAAAUUGGAUAGGAAUUGUGACUCUUUCUGUUGGUCAUUGUUUUUCCAGUAUUGUGAGAUCUUGGGCUUACCCAGAUUUACCUUUUGCCCUGCUGUUUUCAGGCACAGGCUCAUGCUUUAAAGCUGCAUGUCCAAGCACCACCACCCCACCACCCCCGGUUUCUGUGCGAAAACCCACUCUUUAAGCUGAAGUGCAAUAACAGCAAUUUGAAUUUUCUGUGGAUUGCUUUCGCUUUGAAAAGCUCUGAAGCCUACAGAGAGCAAUCAGACACAGAGCUUUAAAGUGCAGAUUACGCCUGGAAAGUGUGGAGGAAAGGUCAAUAUGGAUAACCUCUUGUCUGGAUGCUGCAGUUUUUAGAAGUGAAUGUAUCUAUAUCCAUUGCAGGCUUACGAUGCUACACAUAUUGUGAAGUCCUACAAAGGUCCCUCUUUGGACAUUCUGAUUGAUCAAGGCAAAGACGACCAGUUCCUUACAGCAGGGCAAUUGCUGCCUGAUAAUUUCAUUGCUGUCUGCACAGAGCACAAAAUCCCAGUGGUCUUCAGAAUGCAGCAGGUAAUGUCCUAAACGUUCUGUGUCUUGUGUUAAAUUUUCAGUAGUAAAGGUCAAUGAUUCUUCUCUUUGCCUCCUGAGGCAGUAUUAUCAUUUUCAGGUUUAUUUAGAUAUUGUCUGCUCCCCUCUCUCAUUCACUCACACACAUCCCAAAAAAACCCCACUACACCAAUUUAAAGAAUAGUACAUUCAUUCUUUUAAAGAAUUAAAAAUAAAUCAGCAAAACAACCCAAAACACUUUCAAACAAAUUAAAGAGCAAACAGUAAACAAACAAACAAACAAAUGCUACUUGUUAAUUCCUGAUGGCUUGACAAAAUAAAAACAGCUUUUCCUCAUGGAAGAGGAUCCAUGAACAGUAGUUAAAAGGGCCCCCAUCAGAACCUGUAGGGAACCUGCAUAGGCCUUGUGUAAUAGAAACGUUUUCAGCAGGAAUUUAUAGUUGGCUAAGAAGAUGCCUGCUGAAUCUCUCUUGAGUGGGUGUUCAUAGGUAAAAAAAGGUAAAGGAUCCCUGGACAGUUAAGUCCAGUCAAAGGCAACUUUGGGGUUAUGGCGCUCAUCUCACUUUCAGGCAGAGGAAGCCAGCGUUUGUCCACAUACAGCUUUCCGGGUCAUGUGGCCAGCAUGACUAAACCGUUUCUGGCACAACGGGACACCGUGACAGAAACCAGAGUAUACGGAAACACCGUUUACCUUCCCUCCACAGCAGUACCUAUUUAUCUACUUGCACUGGUGUGCUUUUGAGCUGCUAGGUUGGCAGGAGCUGGGACAGAGCAACGGGAGCUCAACCUUUCAAGCGGAUUCGAACCGCUGGCCUUCCGAUCAGCAAGCCCAAGAGGCUCAGCUGUUUAGGCCACAGCGCCACCCACUCCCUUCUGGGUGUUCAUAGGACUGGGUUGAUGGCAUUAAAGGUUCAGUUUCUCACUGUCCUCCAACGAGCCUCACCAGCUUGGGAAAUAAAAACCAGUGCUCCUGACUGAGCUGAGGUACAAGGUUUCAGCCAAUCCCUGAGGUACCCUGGACCCAAGUUGCUCAGGGCUUUGUAAAUUAAUACAAGAACCUUGAACCUGGCAUGAUCCCAUUUCUGAAACCCCGGAGAGCUGCUGUAAAUUGGUCAGUGAUGUAAUUCAGGAUAAGGCAGCUUCCUGAGUUCCUGUGUUCCGCUCUGCAUGCAGAAGGUCCCAAUUUCAAUCCCCGGCUUCUCCAGGUAGGGUUGGGAACCUUCCCUUUUCUGAAGCCCUGGAGCCCAGCCAGUGUAGACAUUACUGAACAAGAUGAACCCUUUUUCUUGAAUUGUGUUGAAGGGACGCAGGUGGCGCUGUGGGUAAACCACAGAGCCUAGGACUUGCUGAUUGGAAAGUCGGUGGUUCGAAUCCCCACGGCGGGGUGAGCUCCAGUUGCCUGGUCCCAGCUCCUGCCAACCUAGCAGUUCGAAAGCAUGUCAAAGUGCAAAUAGAUAAAUAGGUACCACUCCGGCAGGAAGGUAAACGGCGUUUCCGUGCGCUGCUCUGGCUCGCCAGAAGCGGCUUAGUCAUGCUGGCCACAUGACCCGGAAGCUGUAGGCUGGCUCUCUCAGCCAAUAAAGUGAAAUGAGCGCUGCAACCCCAGAGUCGGUCACAACUGGACCUAAUGGUCAGGGGUCCCUUUACCUUUACUUUAACGUACCAAAGGAUUGCAGUACUGUGCAAUAUGUACAUUUAUAUCCCUCUGUCGGUCUACAAGGGCACAUUCUUAAGUUGUUCUGGCAAGUUUCCUUUAAAGGUAGAUGAUACCUUCCUCUGUCAACAGAGAGAUAGACAAUGGUUAGAUAAUUUAUUACACUGAAUGCGUAUGCUGAACCCAAGGCGAAUUUUCCAGCUACUUGGUUCUUGAGUACUACUGCCUCUGAAUAGUGCUGUAAAAAACAAUGCUUUUGAAGACAUGUUGGCUAUGGAUUUGACCAUUUGAUUUCUUUUUCCCCUUCCCAGGGCUACGAUCACAGUUACUACUUUAUAGCAACAUUCAUUAACGACCAUAUCAGGCACCACGCAAAAUACCUCAAUGCUUGACUUGAGUAUCUCCUGACAGUAUAAAACAAUUGGAAGAUAAUCAGUGGAAAUUAACAACGAAAAAGUACGUGAAUAAUCAGUGUAUUGAAAUGAAGUCCUGAUUUUGUUCCUCAGAAUAAACACUUGGAAUAUGC